UGCGGAAUCUAUCACGUGCCUGACUGUCAUGGCGGCGCCCGGUGGAAGCGCAGUGAUGACCCCCGGGGCUCCGUCCUCUCCCGGGGACGGCACGCUGCAGUACAGCCUGAUUCUGGACCACUUGGUUGGAGAGAAGAGGAGACCGAAGGAUGUGAUUCCAGGGGGGCUCGGGGGGAUCCCCACACCCCUAAAAUCCGAGGAGCAGAAGACGAUGGAGCGGGUGAUGGAGAGCUGCGGCUUCAAGGCGGCCCUAGCCUGUGUGGGCGGUUUUGUCCUGGGUGGAGCCUUUGGUGUUUUUACUGCAGGUAUUGAUAGCAAUGUCGGCUUUGACCCUAAGGAUCCGUAUCGUACCCCCACUGCCAGAGAAGUACUGAAGGAUAUGGGUCAGAGAGGAAUGUCUUACGCCAAAAACUUUGCCAUCGUUGGUGCCAUGUUCUCCUGUACAGAGUGUUUAGUGGAAUCUUAUCGAGGAAAGUCAGACUGGAAGAACAGUGUAGCGAGCGGAUGUAUUACAGGGGGCGCUAUUGGAUUCCGAGCCGGACUCAAAGCUGGAGUGAUUGGCUGUGGAGGAUUUGCCGCUUUUUCUGCAGUCAUAGACUAUUACCUGCGGUAGGAACUCUCUGCAGCCAGGUGGCGCUGCUUCACCAUGGACAUCAUUAUGUAAUAGAAACACAUGGGGCUGAGGACGUUGGCACUUCUGUCGCUCCUGAUUUUGUACUUGACUUGAAGUAUGUUCUUUUACACAUCAAGAGUCUCCGUGAGCUGGACAGAAAUCCUUGAAGGAAACAAUGUGUCUACUUCUUCUGUAAAGAGAUCUAUUAUUGUAGGUUUUACUUGGAUACUUAUUUAUUCAUCUGUACAUAUUGCAGUGGAAUUAAAGGAACUCUGCAGGAAAAAAGCAUGCACAG